AUGGCCAGAACGGUGCUAGAACGUUAUAAACUACUUAUUCGAAUAUUGCGUCUGUGUUCGGCAUUGUGCGGUGCAGAUGUCCUAGAUCCGGAAUAUAAAGUCAAUCUGCUGACGUGGAUUGUUAUCGCCUUCAUAAAUCUCUUUUAUAUAUUUACUGGCUAUACGAUUUAUGUAAAUCUGUAUGUCGAAGGCGAAUGGACCAAUGUCCUGCAGGCCCUGUGUAUGGUGGGUAGUGCCGUGCAGGGCUUUUGCAAACUUUUGAAUGCCAUUUGGAAUAAAAAAUAUUUAAUUGAAUUACUUAGCACUCUGGAGGCCAUCUAUGAGGAAUACGAUCGGAAGCAUGUUGAAUAUCGCAAAUGUCUGAACAAAAGCAUUAAUACCGUGGAUAAAUGUAUAAAAUCCAUGGCUGUUGUCUAUGCAGGUCUCCUUGUUGGAGUUAUUGGGGUAAUGCCAUUCUUUCGACUUUUCUAUAAUCGGCGGGUCUUUGUUAUGCAAUUCCUUUUGCCGGGCAUCGAUCCGAACACCAAUCAUGGUUUUAUUAUUAUGAAUUUUAUGCAUUGUUGUUGUAUUUUCUUUGGAGCCUUUGGCAAUUUUGCUGCGGAUAGUUGUUUCUUUACCCUGGUUAGUCAUGUGCCCUUGUUCAAGGAUAUUUUAUUGUGUAAAUUUCAUGAUCUGAAUGUCAAACUAAAAGCCGAUGAUGAUGAUGAUGGCGAUGGCGAUGAGAACGAAGGCCAUCAAAAUUGUAGAGAAUUACUAAAGGAUAUACUGCAAUGGCAUCAACAUUAUAUGAGAUACAUAAGCACCGUAAAGGAAAACUAUUUCUGGGUAAUUAUGGUGCAGUUUGCAACCAUGACUCUAAGCUUGGCCUGCACUUUGUUCUGCUUGAUAUUGGGUAAAUGGCCGGGAGGUCAAACUUAUUUGGCUUAUUGCUUCAUAAUGUUACAUGUUUACUGUUGUCUGGGUACUAUGAUUGAGAUAUCCAACGAUGGCUUUAUCGAUUCCUGUUAUACGGAAGUAAUUUGGUAUAGACUACCGGUGGCGGAGAGGAAAAUGCUACUGAUGAUGUUAAUGAUGUCUCAAAAUGCUGGCGGUCUAACCAUUGGCGCUGUCAUUCCCCUAACCAUGAAUACCGGCCUGCAAUUGACGAAAAUGAUCUACACCAUGACAAUGAUGUUGAUCAAUUUUCUUAACUAA